AUGUCUAGUACCAAUUCGUGCCACUACCUGCCUAAUGGCAAGCCCAAAACCGUCAUAAUCACAGGCAGCGCCAAUGGCAUCGGUGCGAAAACAGCUCGUACCUACCAUGAACAUGGUUGUAAUAUCGUCGUAGCCGAUCUUGCUUCCUCCAGCAAGGCAGCCAAUGCUCUUGUCUCAUCUCUACCUGAACCAUCACGAGCCAUUUAUCACCCCACUAACAUUGUUAGUUGGAGCGACAUGCAAAACCUGUUUCGGGAGACAAAGAAGACAUUUGGUCAAGUGGAUAUCGUCGUUGCGAAUGCAGGGCUGAUGGAAAGCAAAGGUUUCUUCGACUUUGAAGAGGACGAGCAAGGAGAACUAAUGGAGGCGGUUGAAGCUGGCAAGAUCAUCGAUGUUAAUCUGAAAGGCACUAUGAAUAACUUGGACGGUGCACGAGGCUCGAUCGUACUUAUAGCCUCAACGUCUGGGUACUUCGGUGGAACUGGCGUAGUCUCAUAUGUCUCUUCCAAGCAUGGCGUAAUAGGUUUAGCGCGAGCCUCACAGACUGUUGCCCAGCAGCUCAGUAUUCGAGUCAAUGUCGUAGCACCCUUCUUCACCCCUACGCACAUUACCUCAGGUUACUCAGAGAAGUGGAAGGACUAUGGUUUGCCAGCAAAUACAACUGCAGAUGUAGCUAAUGCUAUUGUGACCACAAGUAUGCACCCUGAGAGACAGGGCCAUAGCAUGAUGGUCGCAGGCAACUUGGUGAGAGAGAUUGAAGUGGCAAGAACAAGCGCAACGAAAGAUUGGCUAGGAGUGGAGAUAUUUGAUAUUAUGACGAGAGGCGGCAAGUUCUUCAACGACCUGGGCGGCUAUACACUGCCUAAAGCACGGUCCUAA